GGCCUAACGCCGACCGUCGCCCCAUCACCUACGCGCCACUUUGAGAUCACCCAGCGUCUCCUUUGCAUGGCCGGCUGCAGAGGCGCGCAAAUACAUCCACCUUUCCCCCUCCGCCUCCAGUCCCGCAAUGUCCACACUUCUUCGCCGCUCUGGCCAAAUCGCGCGACUGUCCCGACCUAACCUUCGCGCCGCAUCCAGAUCACCCCUCGCCGUCCGCAGGCGGAUACCAGUCCCGCAGUGCGUAUAUGCCCAGCAGCACUCGCGGUUAUUCGCCACCGGCCCGCCGGAGCCACCCAGAGACAAGAAGCAGGAUGAGGUAGCAAAGGACAACAAGGGCCAGGCCGAGAAGCCUGCGCCCGAAAACAGCGACAGGACGUCGAAGCUUUCAGAAGAAGAAGAGAAGCUGCUCGACCAGCUCGUGGCUUUUGUGUCAAUGGGCGUGCCCAAGGCGCAGAAGCAGGCGAUGCAGGACGCAGUGAACGAGAUCAAGAAGACGGGGAUACCCACCGAGCUGCGUGACGAGAUGGAGAGGCUGAAGCGGGGCGAGAAGCUCGACUUAGCCACCGCCGCCAAGAUCUCGCGGUUAACAACAAAGUUCGCGCGGAAGACGGCCGAGGAGCAGCUCAAGGCCAGCUCGGGGGAGCCGCAGCAGAAGUCAGGCGCGCACGAUCCGGGACCAGGGCAGCCGCAGGGCGAGAAGGGGAAGAAGAAGGGCGAGCAGGGCCAGGCCGGCUUCGGCACGCCCCAGGCCAUGGACUGGAACACGACGCUCAUCACCGCCUUCCUCGCAUGGCUGACGUACCGGAUGAUCGUCCCAGGAGAGAACACCAAGGAGAUUACAUGGCAAGAGUUCAGGACAACAUUUUUGGACAAGGGCCUGGUCGAGAAGAUCGUCAUACUCAAUGGCAACCGCGCCAAGGUGCAUCUCCACCGCGAGGCGGUCGCAUCCAUGUACCCCGACUCGCCUGCUGCCAGCCAGAGCUUCUAUUAUUACUUCACCAUCGGAUCGGUCGAGUCGUUUGAGCGCAAGAUGGACGACGCGCAGUACGAGCUGCAGAUCCCCAGCCACGAUCGCAUUCCCGUCUCUUACGCCAACGAGAUAUCCUGGUUCGGCACUCUUCUGUCUUUCGGCCCCACGCUACUCCUCCUUGGUUCCCUUUUCUACUUCACCCGACGUGCUGGUGGCAGCAGUGGCGGAAGCAGUGGCAUUUUCGGCAUGGGCAAGAGCCGCGCCAAGAAAUUCAACCACGAGACGGAUAUCAAGGUCAAGUUCGCAGACGUUGCGGGCAUGGAUGAGGCCAAGCAGGAAAUCACCGAGUUCGUUUCGUUCUUGAAGGAGCCUGCACGCUUUCAGAAGCUGGGUGCCAAGAUCCCCCGCGGAGCUAUCUUGUCCGGGCCCCCUGGUACUGGUAAGACACUUCUCGCCAAGGCCACCGCUGGAGAGUCUGGGGUUCCCUUCUUCUCCGUCAGUGGUUCCGAGUUUGUCGAGAUGUUUGUCGGUGUUGGUGCUUCUCGUGUACGAGAUCUAUUCGCCAACGCCAGGAAGAGCACGCCUUGCAUCAUCUUCAUCGACGAAAUCGAUGCCAUUGGCCGAGCUAGAGGUGGCAAGAACUUUGGCGGCGGCAACGAUGAGCGUGAAGCUACACUCAAUCAGAUCCUUACAGAGAUGGACGGUUUCAACACCACCGAGCAGGUGGUUGUCCUGGCCGGUACCAAUCGACCCGAUGUCCUAGACAAGGCUCUUAUGCGACCUGGUCGCUUUGACAGGCAUAUCAACAUUGACCGCCCAACCAUGGACGGCCGGUCCCAGAUCUUCGCCGUGCAUCUAAAAAAGAUCGUCACUACAGAGGACCUUGACUUCCUACAAGGCAGAUUGGCUGCGCUUACACCUGGCUUCUCUGGUGCUGAUAUCGCCAACUGUGUCAACGAAGCUGCCUUGAUUGCUGCCCGUCACGCUGCCGAGUCCGUAACAAUGGUGCACUUCGAACAAGCCAUCGAACGCGUCAUCGGUGGUCUCGAAAAGAAAUCCCUCGUCCUCAAGCCCGAAGAAAAGAAGACCGUCGCCUACCACGAAGCCGGCCACGCCAUCUGCGGCUGGUACUUUAAGUGGGCGGACCCUCUCCUCAAGGUUUCCAUCAUUCCUCGUGGCCAGGGCGCACUAGGCUACGCCCAGUAUCUCCCUAAUGGCGACACUUACCUCAUGAACGUCAAUCAACUCAUGGACCGCAUGGCAAUGACGCUGGGCGGCCGCGUCUCCGAGGAAUUGCACUUCGACACCGUGACAUCGGGCGCAUCCGACGAUUUCCGCAAGGUCACCCAGAUGGCCACCAUGAUGGUGACCAAGUGGGGCAUGACGAAGAAGAUCGGGUACAUCUACUACGAGGACGACCAGCAGAACCAGCUGCAGAAGCCCUUCUCCGAGGAGACGGCCAAGAACAUCGACUUCGAGGUCAAGCGCAUCGUCGACGAGGCGUACCAGCAGUGCAAGGACCUGCUCACUGAGAAGAAGAAGGAGGUCGGGCUCGUCGCAGAAGAGCUGCUGAAGAAAGAGAUGAUCGGCCGCGAGGACAUGAUCCGCCUACUGGGUCCCCGACCAUUCGAGGAGGCGCAGGACUUCCACAAGUAUUUUAGCGGCAAGCAUGGGCGCGUGCCGGGGCUGAUUGAGCCAAAUGCGGGAGAGGGCAGCGUGAAGGGACCGGUUGUGCCGCCUGCGCCGGCGACGUUUAAGAGCAUCGAGGGCGAGCAGCGGUGAGGCCGACGUUUGUGGUUUCUCGUUUUGCAUGAUGUGUAGUAGCACGGAUGAUUUCCACUCUAGCUAGUUGAAGCGAGGGGAGGACUGUAUUAUAGCAUAUCAUAGACGCCCUGCCUGUGCGCUCGCAUCGGGCUGGAUUGUAUGUAUAGGUGCUGGCGAGUCGAUAUAUAUCCCUUCCAUUUGUUCAU